GGAAGUGUUCGCGGUGUGUAAACAAUCGAGUCAUUCUGAGUUUAUCUGUUUGACAUUUUUAAAGAUCAUUUUUACAUUAUUAACUUACAGAUGUGUGAAGAAUGGUGAACUACAGCAAGUAAAACUAAAGAUUUACACACGACUUCAGCGUUGACUCUGAUGUAGAAGUGUGCAGGCUGCCUGUGGUCAUCAUGCCUUAUCUGGGCAGUGAGGACACGGUGAGGGAGCUGAGGAGAGCUCUGACCAACCCCAAUGUCCAGUCUGACCUGCUGCGAUACAGAAACACCAUCCUCAAAGUCAUCAGAGCGAUGUCUCAGGGUGUGGAUGUGUCCAGCCUGUUCAGUGAAAUGGUCAAAGCGUGUGCCACGGUAGAUGUAGUCCAGAAGAAACUGGUCUACGUCUUCCUGUGUUCCUAUGCCACUCUGAACCCGGAGCUGUCUCUGCUCGUCAUCAACACGCUGAGGAAAGACUGUCAGGAUCCAAACCCCAUGGUGCGCAGCCUGGCUCUGAGGAACAUGACAAACCUCAGGUUACCCAGUCUGGUGGAGUAUGUGGAGCAGCCUCUGACGGCAGGACUGAGAGACAGAGCCGCCUGCGUGCGGCGAGUCGCUGUCCUCGGCUGGGCCAAACUACACAACCUCCAGACUCACUCUGAGAUCGAUGCUGCGGUGGUGAAUGAGCUGUACAGUCUGCUGAGGGACACAGACCCGGUGGUGAUGGUCAACUGCCUCCGAGCCCUGGAUGAGAUUCUGAAGGAGGAGGGAGGAGUCGCUAUAAACAAACCCAUCGCCCAUCACCUCCUCAACAGGCUGAAGGAGUGUGACAUCUGGGGUCAGUGUGAGGUGCUGAGAAUCCUCCAGCGCUACCGGCCUCAGUCAGAGGACGAGCUCUUCGACAUCCUGUCCCUGUUGGACGCUUCCCUGGUCAGUCCUCACCCUCCGGUCAUGGCCGCCACGCUCAGCCUCUUCCUGAGCCUCUGCCCCGCUCUACCCGCCAUCACGCUGGCCGCCCUGGAGCGAGUGCGGGCCCCCCUGCUGGCCACCUGUGGGAGCGCGUCCAGAGAGAUGAUGUUCGCUGCCAUCUGCCACAUUCAGUUGCUGUUGCGUUCUCUGCCCGGCCUGAUGGGGGCGCACUACAAGCGUUUCUUCUGUGGCUAUGCUGAACCAGCCUACAUCAAGCAAAGGAAGAUGCAGGUGCUGAUGGAGCUGGUGAAUGACGAGAACGUAGCGAUGAUACUGGACGAGCUGAAAGGAUACUGCACUGACGUCAACACGGACACUGCCCAGGCUGCCAUCUCAGCCAUAGGUCGCAUCGGACGCAGCUACAGCGACAGAUGUCUGGAGAUCCUGACCGGACUCCUGGGACUCAAACAGGACCACAUCACUUCAGCUGUGGUGCAGACAAUGCGGGAUCUGGUCUGGGUGUGUCCACAAUGCAGCGACACGGUGUGCUUGGCCGUGGAGGGCUGUGAGGAGACGCUGCAGGACAGCCAGGGCAGGCAGGCGCUGCUGUGGUUGCUUGGUGUGUAUGGGGAGCGAGUCUCCAGCGCCCCCUACACGUUGGAGGUGUUCAUCGACGGAGUGAGGAGCGAGACUUCUCUGGGAGUGAAGAUGGAGCUGCUGACGGCCACAGUCAGGGUGUUGUUGUGUCGGCCUGCUGAGACGCAGGACAUGCUCGGAAGACUGCUUCACUACUGCAUAGAAGAGGAAACAAACAUGUCCGUACGUGACCAGGCCCUCCUCUACUACCGACUGUUGCAUUGUGGGAUAGAAGAGACACGGAAGGUCCUGCAGGGUCGGAGGUCGGACCCUUCCCUGGGCGUUCUGAUUGGCCGCCCCGCGGAGCCCGUCGGCCAGUGGGCGUGUAGCUUCAACACGCUGGGGCCUCUCAAGCAGCUCGCCGUAGAGACAGAGUCGACCAGCAGAGGGAGCCCUGAGCACGUGACCUUUGACCGCAAGCCUAACACUGACCUGUCCGACACGCUGAACUGUGGCCAGGACGAGACGGUGCAUUCAGGUUCAGACACUGAUGUCCUGCCUCCCAGCCCUGUGGUUCCUCUCAGCUUGUCCCUCUCCCCAGCUCUCAGCCCAGCAGAGUUUGAGCGCCUGUGGCUGCAGCGACCUCAUCUGCUUUCUGAGCAAGAUUCUGUGAAGACAGAAGAGGAGGAGGAUUAUUUGUGCAUGGAAGAACGCGUCCGAUGCCCUGAGAUACUUCACUGUUCCACACAAAGCCUUCAGGCUGCGAUGCAGCUGGUUAACAUCCAGAUGCUGGCCUUCACGUCACCGCACAAGCUGCCCUGGAGGGUCUACCUGUACACUCACACUCUGCAUGCAAACUCCGCUGACACACCCAGCAGCAGCAGCAGCAGCAGCAGCAGCAGCAGCAGCACGCUCAUACUGGGGGAGCUGCUCUACUCCGGAGAGGGAAAUCAGAGAAGCGCAAUAAAUAGAGGCCCGGGUGAUGGAGAUGUGGCGGUGAAGAGCAGGGAAGAUGAGCAGACAGAAGGGGAAGAGGAGGCUGCAGCUGACGGGCCGAGAGCUGAAGGAGAACAGGAUGAAGUUAAAGUGACUCUUAAGCAGCAACCAAGAGAUGGAAAAGCCCUGAAAGCAUUUCUCUCCAUUCUUACCACUGUACUGCACACACUGUCCUCAGAGAGAGCUUAAAUGUGCAUUAAACACACACACACACACACA